CCCGCGCCCCGCGUUCGCGCCGGGAUGGUGAACCUGGCGGCCAUGGUGUGGCGCCGGCUGCUGAGAAAGCGAUGGGUGCUCGCCCUGGUCUUCGGGCUCUCGCUCGUCUACUUCCUUAGCAGCACCUUGAAGCAGGAGGAGAGAGCAGUGAGAGAUCGGAAUCUCCUUCAGGUUCAAGAUCAUGAUCAACCCAUUCCCUGGAAAGUACAGUUUAACUUGGGCAACAGCAGUCGGCCAAGCAACCAAUGCCGGAACUCCAUUCAAGGGAAGCACCUCAUCACCGAUGAGCUCGGAUAUGUUUGUGAAAGGAAGGACUUGCUGGUGAAUGGCUGCUGCAAUAUCAACAUCCCUGGCACAAAGCAGUAUUGCUGCAACGGCUGCUUGUCCAAUGGCUGCUGCAGCGCGUACGAGUACUGUGUGUCUUGCUGCUUGCAGCCCAACAAGCAACUUCUCCUGGAGCGCUUCCUCAACCGGGCAGCGGUGGCAUUCCAGAACCUCUUCAUGGCAGUCGAAGAUCACUUUGAAUUGUGCUUGGCUAAAUGCAGAACCUCAUCCCAGAGUGUGCAGCACGAGAACACCUAUAGGGAUCCCGUAGCCAAGUACUGCUAUGGAGAGAGCCCUCCUGAGCUCUUCCCUGCGUGA